AUGACACUGUCUAAUAACAAAUUGCGAGUUUCAGAGGUUCUACCACCACAUAACAUUACCAUUUCAAACAUCUUGGACAGCUCAGCGCUCAUAUCAUGGGAUGUUCAUGCGAACAACGAUGAUGUCAAAGCAUUCGGGCUUUUACACAGCAAAAUAGGUGGGAAUUCAAAAACUAUAACAGACUUAGACAAGGGUUUCUUGUCAUACGCACUGUUGGAUCUCCACCCUUCUACGGAGUAUUUAGUCUACAUGUGGGCUGUGAGUGAAGAUGGAGAGAGUGUCCCUAGUGAGACGAGACAAUUUACAACAGAAAGUACAUAUACCGGUCAGUUGAAACAAGAACGUCGCUACUUGACAGCUGAAGAGAUAUUCUUUCUUACUGUUGUCAUGGUGAUAUGGAUGAUGGUGCUGGUGCUCUUCUUCCGGCAGUGGGGUGCAAUACGGGACAUGCAGCCACAUGAGACGCAGUACCGGAACCCUCCGGCAAACAUGAAGUCCGUCGAGGUCGUCAAAAAUACCAAAGACAGCGUAAUUUACCACGUCAGACAUCCAAAGAGAAUAUCUAAACAACCGAUCGUUGGUGGCGCUACGGCCUCCGCAGCGAAGCCAGAUCCGGACGCAGUUAAAUACGCCCUUCCGCGUCCCAUUCCACGCGUUUGA